AUGAAAUCUCACAUCGUCCACCGACUUUAAGCUCCUGAAUUACUCCAAUUCCAAUAUGUCCAAUUACGUUUUUGCGAAGUGCUGUAAAAAUAAUUUUAUAUUUGAACUAUAUGAACAUAUUUGCGUUAAAAAUUGUAUUUCCUUAAAGGACACACUUAACGGAUAGAUUUAAAAUAAUGUAGCAGUGCACAAAACUAACCUCUCUGUGUCAUGAGUUAAUAUCUUAUUUUAAAGAUUUCUGAGCACUAAAAUUGCAUCAAUGAUCAAAUGAGUGAAGAAACCACUACGCAGUAUAAUUGUGAAGUGAGAUGCAGGUUUAAGGGUUGCAGGACAAAAAUGGAACAACAGCAUGAGCACACUGUGAAGGUGAAAGCAUCAUCAUCAUCAUCAUCAUCAUCACCUCUAAAGUACUGUGGCCUAGAAACGGAUCUAAAAACACCGCAGGCUCGAACAGCUUUAGUGUUUCUGUGGUUUGUCGUGUGAUUAAUGCAGUUCUGCAAAGUGAGAACAUCAAAGUCCACGUAGUCAAGCGUCUUCCUCUGAGUCUGAUGGCGUUGGGCUUCAUCAUGGCUGGACGCCUGCUGUCAGUCAUCCUCGUGUAUUCCUGUGCCAAUAUUCAAACACAAGUUAUUGAUCCACCUAAACUCAUAAUGAGUUCAGCGGUGAUCACAGAGACGGGAACGGUCACGUUGGAAUGUCGGGCUCCAUCAUCUCCUCCUGUGAACCACUGUUAUUUUAUCUUUGUGAGCGUAAAACAUCCCAAAGGCUUCACUUGUCUGCAGACACUGACCGGGACUGAACUGUUGAAGAUGUCACAUCAGGGAGCUCCUGCUGAGGUCAAAGUGCAAUGUUUUUACACUGUGAUGUUUGGAGACGUGAACAAACCGUCUCCACACAGCAUCACGUCAUCCAUCACAAUCCAAAAAGUCGUCGAGUCGAUCACGACGCAGACCGAGCCGACACCUACUAGGACCACAGGUAGGACCACAGGUAGGACCACAGGUAGGACCACAGGUAGGACCACAGGUAGGACCUGCGUGGAAGUAGAAAUCCACAUUUCCACAAAUUCCUCUUUUAAAGAUACAAAAUAUUUCUAUACAGCAGGUCUCCGUGCUUCCACACCUGAAACUCCUCAAGAGCAAACAUCAGAUCGAACCUUUGGACCAAGCCACCCUGGUAGCUUUAGUUCUCCUCCCCCCACACCAGAGGAACCAACACCAGCGACCCAGAUCUGGAAGUGGAUGAUUGUGUCUUGUUUGGGAGGUUUUUUCUUACUGGUACCGACCCUUCUAUGUACCAGAAGAACAUCGGAAAUAUGUUCUUACAAGAGGUCACAAGCUGAUGCUACUGGUUCUGAGGACCUGGAGGAGCAAACACCAACAAGUGAGAAGCAGGCUGAAUAUCAUCUGUACUCCUUUAUCUCUGAGGAGCCACCUGCACCAGCCCAGGAGGACAUGGUGUACAGCUCCCUGCAGCCACACUGAAACACAUUGAAACGGCCUCACUGAUGAUGCCAGAGGUCACCUGCUGACGGUCACCUGCUGACGGUCACCUGCUGACGGUCGCUGCGACCAGAGGCAGCAGCGCGGCAGUCAGAGGACUGGAGAGGCGUGGUGCUG